GAGGAGCCUCUGUCGCACCAGUCGCACCUCGCUCGCACCGCGCGCACCUGCUCGCCGGACCAAGUGACGCCGUGUGACUUGAACCACGCGAGUUCACUCGACAGAUCUAGAAAUAUUUUUUGUCUUGUCCCUAAAUAUUUACAAGAAAAAAAAUGACCUGAAUUCAAUCAAAAUUGUAAAGUUAAUCAAAAGUUUGAUGUUUAAAAAAAUUAAUUCUAGUGAAAGUUUGCAAGAAUUCCCCUCUUUCCCAGUUCUUAGAUUAAAAUUGCAGUCAUAACGUGGUAAUAACACCUCUUUCGCUAUUGUCGAGCCCCCAGCCGCACCCACCGCCGCGUGCCGUCCCGGAUCUCGUAGUUUAGUGUGUGGCGGGAGAGGAGCCAGCUGCCCGCCUGGGUGUGAAGCCGAGUGCACCGAGUGAGUCCGCGUCGCUGACGUGAGGAAAGGACGAGGACCCCGGACCCCGUCGUCGUUUGCACGUCCCCGCCAGCGAUGACGCGGCGCCGCCCCCUCUUGGAGCUCAUCCUGCUGGACCCCCAGCAGCACCCCCGGCACGGAGCGCGACGCUAGACUGCGCACAGGUUUUACUGCGAGCAGGACGGCCGCCAUGUCGCACCCCAGCAGCCUGCUCCUCACGGCGCUCUUCCUCACGGCCUCCAUUGCGAAGCCGACCUCCAACUUCAGACAGGCGGUGUCCGGGGCGGCGGCGGUCGGACAGCUCGCCGCACUCCCAGCAGACAACGGCUUCCCAACAGGCAGAGCGAAGAGGACCUCAGGGGCCGUGCCCAUCACAGGUGACGGACGGCUGGGACUACCAGAACCAGUACCUGCCCCAGACCCACGACCACCCCAAGCCCGACGGCGAGAGGCAUACCAGCCUCUGCGGCGUGGAGCACACGCAGGUGUUCGAGGCGUCGCAGAACGCCGCACAGGUGUCGUACAUCCUGCCGGCCGGCGGCAGGUUCGCCGUCUCCGUCCGGUUCGUCCGCAACACCAGCCCGUGCAGCGUGCUGUCGGAGGGCAACGAGGUCAUCACGCUGCGAAACUUCGGCAAGCGGCGCAACUGCACGGUGACGACCAUCUUCCCGUCCGAACUGCGCAUCCUGCAGCUGCAGGUGGGCGUCAACGAGAAGCACCCCAACAUGGAGCCCGAGACCGGCACCAUCCACAAGUGUGAGAAGCGAGGUUUGGACGACUUCGUGCAGGUCACGGGCUUGGGCUUUGCGACCGAACUAGCGGCGCCCGUCACGGUAUUCGGAUCGGUGUGCGGGCUAGACACGAGCGCCGGCCGACCCAUGAGCGUGCUCUGCGGCGCCCUCAACGUGCGCCUCGUGUCGAGCGGCCGCUACGACAACGCCGUCACGGUCUACCUGAAGCGGCUGGAGACGGAGGACGAGCAGCUGGGCGCCGACUACUUCUGCGACGCCGGGCUCUGAGCCGUCCCACGAGGAGACAGAGAGAUUCUUCUGCAUCGCCUUCCGCCUGCCUCUCCGCCGCCGCGCUGGCCCGCUCCUCCUUAACCACGUGACCGUCCUGCUGGAGCCUGGCGGUCCUCCCCUCCCGCGCUACCGCAGCCACUUCUCUACUCCACAUCACUCACCGCAUCUUCAUCCGGAGACGACCGCGGCCUCCGUCUCGACACCUCUCGCGAUCUUCAAAACGACGUACACGGCCUCUUAGUGAGUCCCCCGCCCCCUAGCCUCAGCCUCAGCGUACGGCAUACCAUUCAUUUUAAAAAGAGAAACAAAAAAAAAACAGUGGCCUGUGAAGGUUGCGAACUAUCUUAUAUCUUCAAAGGGCAAGUCGCGCUGCCAUCCGGCGGGUCUUGUGUGAUUUAUUAUAAUUGUGAGCGUCACCCGAACGAGAUCGUAUGUCAAUUAGGUAUUUUCCUUUCUCUUGUGUUUGGUUUGAUAUUGGUAUUGCAAUUGUACAAAUAAGUAAACCCCGGAAGUUUCGUAAGUUUCUCCCCUGUUGUUCGAGGCACCGAAUGUCGUGUGUCGCUUGUAGCAAACGUUGUUUUCUUCCUGUUCACGAAAGCUUGAGUAGACACCAUGUCUAGUUUAACGAAGCCAAAACUGUUCUAUUUUUAUUACAAAAUCUUUCGAAUAUUGGUUGUGUGUGUGAGAGUAGUUGGGCAGUCACCGCAAAGAAAAUGUGGGGCAAAGAGAAAAACGAAAAAAAUAAAAAAUAAAAAUUAACAAGGGUUACGUAAAGCAACUCACUCCACAUCGCAAUACUGAGGAAACCUAGAUUAGAGCCUCACACUCCAAGUCGGAGUAUGACGACUGUACUCAUUAAAUUCAUCCUCAUUCUUCUGAGGUCUUUUAUGUUUCUAUGUAAGUUAUUGAAUGAAUAAUAAAAAAACCCUCCUCUAAUUACACCAAAGAGACCUAUGUAAAAUACUCCUCCUUUCAGUAUACCGACGUAGUUAUAGUCAUCUCGUUAUGUUUGUAAUUAGUUUAGCCGCCAAGUAUUUAAAAGAAAAUGUUUCAUGCGUUGACCCAGUUUUCCAUCUUCUUUAUUUCUGUUCAAAACCACCACGUACUUGAAAACAAAAAAUGACACAAUUAAAGAAAUUUUGACUGUA